GAGAGAUGGACUCGUCCUCCAAUGGCGUCUUCUACAUCUGGAUUUGUCGCCGCCGUUCUACUCAUCGUCAUCCUGAACCAAUCCGACGCCGUCUCCGCCGUCCAGAGGCGAGAGAUGGACUCAAUGUUGACAGCUCUGAGAAGCAACGGCUACGGUCUCUUCAGCAACGCCAUUGUCACCUCCGACCUCUCGUACGAUCUCGUCGACGGCGGAGAAGCUGCUUUCACGGUCUUCGCCCCGACCGAUUCAUCUCUCUUUGCGCUGGACAUGGUGAAUUCGGCGUUCGAUUACACCGCCACUCUCCGCUGCCACGUCGUCCCCCAGCGCCUCUCUGUCCGCGGCCUCAAUAGGCUCCGUCCUGGUUCAUCUCUCCGCACUCUCGCCGCCGAUCAUGAUGUCCGCGUAGAGAGCCGUCGCUCUACACCGUCUGGUGACGUCAUAUCCGUCGACGGCGUAAACGUUGUUGUGCCAGGACUGUUCUAUGCCCACAACAUCGCAGUUCAUGGCUUGAAAGGGAUUUUCAACUGUAGAUCUCGUCGAGCUCAUGAUGAUGUACUGGUGCGGCAGCCGGCAACGCCUUCUAGGAGUGAACCGCCGGUGGUUACUCAAACGGAAUCUCAUUCGGAAUCCAAUCUCACCAUCGCCAAGUCCAAUGCCCCUGUCUCACAUCACUUCAAAAAAAAAGUCGUCGCUGUGACGCUGUCCACUAAUUUUAUGUUGAUAAUUCAUCAGUGGAUGUCAAUUCGAGUGGAGAAAACUUCAAUUUGACGCCAUCUCGGUCUAUUGAUCUCUCCAAAUCAGAUUAAACAACCUAGGUACAAUUACUCAGCAAAUAAUAUCAAAUAGAUCUUCAAUGAGUUUCAAUGAUGAACACGGUUUAGACAAAUCUGUGAAACUGAUUUGGGAAUCAAAAUUAAGCUUCAAAAAUGAACAAUUAACCUUUUCACAACCAGAUUCUCAUCAAUUAAGGUGCAAAAGUCAAGGUUAAAGUCGUAUACCUUCAAAACCGAAACUAUGGAGGUUCGAGUGGCAGACCUCUGGGCGUGUGAUGCACACCGCACGAAACUCUACUCACUCUCUCUCUAUUUCCGGCGUGCGUGUAGUGAGACUUGCUGGGAGUCGCCGGCGAUGGUCGGUUUUGUCACCGGCGACCCCUUCUGGGUGUCUGCGUUUCUCGCUUCAUCUCUCUCAAUUUGCUUAAAGGAUACGGGAAUAAAAUGGGAAACAAUCC